GCGGAAAAUUUAUUAUUACUUUCAAGGACAGCUAUACUUUUUAGGUAGUGCUGAUUAUGAAUCGCUUCAAGAACGUGCUGGGUAACGCCUAUUGUGUAAACAGAAUAUGGAAGCGUUUCAUUAACCUUCAAGAAUUUCAAUGCAAGAAGUUAAUGUCCGAUUUCGGCAUCAAUGUGCAGCGGUUUGUGAUGGUUCAAAACCAAGAUGAAAUAAACAAAACUAAAGAUACUUUUAAAGUCAAGGAGUACGUCGUUAAAGCACAGAUACCAGCAGGUGGCCGCGGCAUGGGUGUAUUCAAGAACGGAUUCAAGGGUGGUGUCCAUUUAACUAAGGAUCCGGACCACAUGGCUAACAUCGUGUCAAAAAUGCUUGGGAACCACCUUAUUACAAAGCAAACAACGCCAUCAGGAAUUCUUGUUAAUCAAGUUAUGGUUGCAGAAGCACUGGAUAUUCAGCGGGAAACUUACUUCGCUAUCCUAAUGGACCGGGGAUCUAAUUCACCUAUUAUGGUAGCCUGUAAAGAAGGUGGCAUGGAUAUUGAAGAGCUAGCGAAGAAUUGUCCUAACGCCAUUAUCAAGGAACCUAUUGAUCUGACCACCGGUGUAACUGAUGAACAAGCAUCCAGAUUCGCUAAAGCCUUGGGAUUUCUUCCUCAAACAAAACUGCAUAAAGAAGCUUGCAAACAAAUUCAGAAGUUAUACAAAAUGUUCACAGCUCUGGAUUGCGUUCAGGUAGAAAUUAACCCCUUUGGUGAAACAAAAGAUGGUCAAGUUGUAUGUUUCGAUGCAAAGUUGUCAUUUGAUCAGAAUGCAAUCUAUCGACAGCCGGAAGUUCGUCAAAUGGCAUCUGAAGUUGAAGCUAUCGAAGUAGCCGCUUCUGGUCCUAACAGUGUAACAGCCUUAGAAGCAGAUGCUACACAAUACGGUUUAAAUUAUAUUGGUCUAAGUGAUGGUGAUAUUGGAUGUAUUGUAAACGGUGCUGGAUUGGCUAUGGCUACAAUGGACUUGAUUCAUUAUCAUCAUGGUAAACCGGCUAAUUUCCUUGACCUUGGGGGAAGUGUAACUCAGCCCCAGGUUGAGCGAGCAUUCGAUAUACUAACUAGAGACGGUCGUAUUAAAUGCAUUCUUGUGAAUAUAUUUGGUGGUAUUGUCAACUGUAAAACAAUCGCUGAAGGUCUUAUAUCUGCAUUGAAAAAGAAACCCAUAAAUAUCCCAGUUGUUGUUCGACUAGAAGGGAACAAUGCAGCUGAAGCUCAUUCACUUAUCUGUAAUAGCGGUCUGGAAUUAUAUGCUGCUAAGAGUCUAGAAGAGGUGGCCUCUGUAGCAGUUAGUAAAGCAAUGCAGAAAUGAGUAAACUUUGUACAGUGAAUAGAAGAAGAAGAAGAAGAAGAAGAGAAAGAAAGAAGCAUCUCUUCUCCCCCCUAGAUACAAAAUUGUGACCGGUCUUUCCAGCUACUUUUUUAUUGUUUCAAAUUUUAUUAUUUAUCUAUGUAUUUUUUGUUUUGUUUUUCUCCUCUUCCUUUUCUAAUUCUACUUCCUUUUGCGAGACUUGAAGUUUAUUUCGUGUUUUUCAAUACAAUUUUGCUUGUUUAUGGAGGAUUUGUUGGCCUUAUUGUAGGCCAAAGUAAACAUAGACGUUGAACAUACGAAGAACCGGUCUUCUGUCAUUGAUUGCUACCGCUUCAGCUACUGAUAGAAGAGCGUAGUUGAGCUUGACUAUCGGUUAUUGUAUGCUUAAAUUAAUCGAUUUGUAAUUGUAGAACCUGAAGAAUUUAUUGAGAAUAAUUAAUUGUUCAUUCUAA